CCGGCGCGCCAGCUCCACGGCCCCGGCUGGCGGGCGCUCGCCCGGGCUCACCAUGCACUGCCACGCGGAGCUGAGGCUGAGCUCGCCCGGCCAACUCAAAGCAGCCAGGCGGCGCUACAAGACUUUCAUGAUCGACGAGAUCCUCUCCAAGGAGACCUGCGAUUACUUUGAGAAACUUUCGCUGUACUCCGUGUGCCCGUCGCUGGUCGUGCGACCCAAGCCCCUGCAUUCCUGUACCGGCCCCGCUUCCCUCCGGGCAUAUCCUCUCCUCUCAGUGAUCACCCGACAGCCCACGGUCAUCUCCCAUCUGGUCCCCACCACCCCGGGAAUCGCCCAGGCUCUGUCCCGCCACCCUGCUGCCGAAGCUGCCUCUGCGGAGGCCCCAGGCGAGAACCACGGCAGCAGUGAGUCUGAGACGGAGCAGCCCACGCCCCGGCAGAAAAAGCCCCGCCGGAGUCGCACCAUCUUCACCGAGCUGCAGCUCAUGGGCCUGGAGAAGAAGUUUCAGAAGCAGAAGUACUUGUCCACCCCAGACAGGUUGGACUUGGCCCAGUCUCUGGGACUCACUCAACUGCAAGUGAAGACCUGGUACCAGAACCGCAGGAUGAAAUGGAAAAAAAUGGUUCUUAAAGGUGGACAGGAAGCACCUACAAAACCCAAAGGUCGUCCCAAGAAGAACUCCAUCCCCACAUCAGAAGAGAUCGAAGCUGAAGAGAAGCUGAACAGCCAGGUUCAGACCCAGGAGCUCCGGGAGCCCUCCCAGGGCCUGGAGGGUCUCUGUGAUACACAGGAAGAAAAGGCACGCGGUGUCCCCGUGGAGGUGGCCAAGUCCCCAGGCCAGGCCCAGGAGUUGCCAGUAGCCUCUCCGGAACCCCCACCAUCAAGCUAAGAUAAAACUCUUGGUGGGGGGGAAGGGGGAGACUGGGAAGAAGGGAAAGAGAGAGGGCAGGGAGACCAGGGAGAAGAAAGCUGCCGAGAGCCCGAGACCUGGGGGAGAAGACCACGGCCGGCUCCCUCCCUCCUGCCCGUGGCUCUCAGCUCCAGCUUUUGAGGAAGACUUGCUCACCUUGGUCUGCUCUUCCUGAAAGGCUGCCUAAGCCACACAAGCCCUUGACUAAGGGACACAGUGCCUUGGAACUGCCGGCCCCAGUGGGGGUGACGCCGUGGAGCUGUCCGGGUCCAAGCUCCCCCUGGCAUGAUGGGGGACACUGCGACCAGCCUCGGAGCAGCUAGCCAUCAAAGCAGAGAGAGACGGAGGAGUGGGCAGCAUGCCCAGGUUCCUUGCUGACUCAGCACUUAUUUCUGUAGUUUUAAAAGAGAAUUUAAUGUUUUUGAUUGUUGUUUUUUU